AUGUCCUUUGUAGAUGUUGGUUAUGAGCUAGUAGCUCUGCAUUUCAGUAUUAACAAGAAGGUAUCUGGGGUCCAGGCUGGCGAUUAUAAUGUCGACAUCAAAAAUAAGCAAGGUGGAAAUUUUGUAUAUGAGAAUAGACUUGUGACUAUAAACCAUGGUGAUUAUAUAUCUUAUUGGGUAUAUGGUGUUGUUAAUGGUCUGGCUGAGCAGUUAUUGGACCAGGAAUGGAGAUUGACAGAUCCCACACCAGACAAUGAUCACCAUACGUCACAUCCGGAUAAUCAUGCUACGCAGGCGCCCACUAAUAAUCACCCACACUCCUCCGGUGGUAACACUCGACAACAAACGCCAACCCAGCAAUCUUGUACCAGCUAUCCAUGUUUGAUCUUUGAAGAUAAUUUUGAUUUUAUCAAUCACCAUGUUUGGGAACAUGAACUCACUCUCGGAGGAGGCGGGAAUUGGGAAUUUCAGCAGUACACAAACAAUAGAAGUAACAGUUAUUGUAAAAAUGGCGUCCUUCAUAUUAAACCUACUCUAACCACGGAUGCUAUGGGUGAUGAUAACUUUCUAGAAUCUGGUAGUAUAGAUAUCUGGGGUGCUGGACCUCAUGAUACCUGCACCGGAAAUGCGUUCUAUGGUUGUAAACGAGAUGGCGCUCCAGGCAGAGUACUAAAUCCUAUCCAAUCAGCAAGGCUGAGAAGUUCACGUGGUUUUAAUUUCAAAUAUGGCAAAGUUGAAGUGGAGGCUAAAUUACCAACUGGAGAUUGGAUCUGGCCAGCGAUAUGGAUGAUGCCGACAUGGGAUACGUAUGGUUCAUGGCCAGCUUCUGGUGAGAUCGACAUCAUGGAAAGUCGAGGAAACCUGAAUUAUAAAGAUAAACAGGGCAACCCAGUUGGUGUAGACCAUGUUGGUAGUACACUUCAUUUCGGUCCUAACUGGCAACAUGAUCCCUUCUACAGAGCCACAGCAUCCAAAUUUUCUGUGGACGGUGAUAUGAUAUUGAAUGUUAAACCUGAUUCUGGAGGAUUCUGGAAAUUUGGAGGCUUUGAUAAAACUAGCAUGGAAAAUCCCUGGAGGUUUGCGAGUAAAAUGGCACCAUUUGAUCAAGAGUAUUAUAUCAUACUCAACGUGGCCGUCGGUGGGCUUCAUUAUUUCGCUGACUCCAAUCAUGGACCACGCCCUAAACCAUGGAAAGACAACUCCCCACAAGCUUCUACAGAUUUCUGGCGAGCCAAGAAUCAGUGGUACCCAACCUGGAACCCACAUGUUCGAGAUGGUGAAGACGCAGCUUUACAAAUCAACUACAUCAAAGUGUGGAAAAUGAAACCAUGA